UCUUUGCUUCCGGUAUAAGAAAAAAAUUAACAAAAAUGAUCUCUAAAGACAAGUAAUCCUGGAAUUUCUGUUAAAAUGGGACAGAAAGUAUCUGGUUUGACCAACAAAGUAACAAGAUCUGUUUCUUCGUUAUUUUCCCACUCAGAAGAAACUCAAGAAUCAUCCCUUGCUACUCAGAGAGCAACUCCGUUCGUCUAUAAAAGAACAAGUUCUAUGUUUUUUGAUGAAGAAGGUGACCUUGCUCAUGAAUUUUAUGAGGAGGUAUUUGAUGCUGGCCAUUCAAGAAUGAAAAGACAGUAUAAAAAUUUAAGACCACAGGGAGAGGUUGAGUUACCAUAUCCAAAACUACAUCCAGAUUUACCUAUUGUGAUGUGUGAACUUGAAGCAAUUCGGUGAUGAACUUUGAACUUAGUAUUAGGUUAAAUCUCAAUCUUUAAGUGUUGUAUCAAAAUAGCAUUUCAUAAGUGUACCAAUACCAUAGGACUACAGUGCCCCUACACAAUGUCUGUCAUUUACUGCCAUUUAACUCAUUUUGUGUGUAUUGCCUGAACUUCCUUGAAGUACAUGGUAGAUAAUAUUAUAUUAGAUACAGGAAUAAAACAUGUAGAAACUUUGUAAAAUUAAAACUCAUAUUUUAGCUGAUAGAAACAAUCACUAGAUUUUGAAUAGUUCAAUAUAGUUUUAUAACAUAACUGAGACAGAUUUUCACUUUUAAUUACUUGUAACAGCUUGUUUUAGAGACCAUAUGAUUUCAAAAUGGCCAAAACUAAUUUUUCAAAGUCAUGAUUCACUGGAAAAAAAAGCGUACAAUAAUAAAAGAAUAGGAAUUGAAAAGAUGAUGUGAGGUAGUAUCUUGUUUGAAAUGGGCAGUGUUCUUGGUAGUAUAUUAAAAUAACACCUUAGGGUUUGAAAUAGUAGUUAGAACUUCAUUUAUGAUGCAAUCUUUUAUCAAUCUGUUCAGAUAGCACCUGGUGCUAUAAGGUCUGGUGAAAACUAGCAUUUUAUGUUUUGGCUUCCAAUGAUAUUACCCGAGUUUAAAGUUGAACAAAGUUUUUUUAUUUAUUUAUUUGUCUUGACACCAUUAAUUUUGCAGCUUGAACAUCAUUCCUGAAAUAGUCUAUAAAUCUCCAUCAUUCCAUUCUGAAAUUUCUGACAGCCAUUUAGAACAUUUACUAUUGAAAAUUUACAGUUGUGUAAAGGAAAAUAAAAAUAUUUAUAUUAUCAGUAAUUUUUUGUUUAAAGGACUUAGGUUUUCUCAAUUUUAAACAUCUUUUAAAAUUUAAUCCGUUCCUGUUAAACAAAUAUGUAAAAACUUUUCAUUUUAUAUUAGAUGGUGUUAUAAACAAACCAAUUGAACCAUAUGUGAUGAAAAUGUUAUUUAUAGAAAAUCUGUUUACAAGUUGUGUAUGUACAUGUAACUAUUGUGAUAACAUAAUGUAUUUGUGAUAUUUAUGAAUAUUGUUGUCAUAGCUCUCAUCUUUUGUAAAUAAACAUUGUGUGUAUGCAUGAAUUGUGUAUAAGUGUAUAAGGGAAAUAAGUAUUUUGUCAUUAUAUUAAUGUACUAUCAUGUUGAAUUGUUAUACCUCAUUCUGUUUUAUGUGUAUUGAGAGCUUUACUCUUAUUUUGUUAAAAUUUGUUACCAUGUAACAUACAUGUACAAUGUAGUACAAUGUACAGUCAUGGUGUUGUCAGUACGAUUUUUCUUUUGUAUAUUUUGUCAGCAUUCAAUUAAAUACAGAAUUUAUCAACAGCUUUCUGUUUUUAAAGAAAAUAAGUUUAUGGAAAAUUUGAAGUUAUCUCCCUUUCAGUACAAUUUUAAAAUUCAUGUUUCUUUCAUAUUUUGUGAUUACAUUUAUCUCUUCUUACAAUAUCAAAUAAAGUGUGUUCAAAUAACACUUGUGCAUGUGUGAAAUUGGCAACUUUUAAUUUUGUCAGAUAUUCCUUUAUGUCAAAAGAUAUGACAAUCAAAUAACAUCAUCAAUUUUCAGCUAAUAUUUGCAUUUUCUCAUUUAGACAUUUGGAAAAAAAAUAUAGUCAAUAGUAAAACCAUUCAACUAAACCCAAGAUGAACAUUCUAUUUUUGACACUUGCUUCCUUUGUGUGGGGAUUUUUGUUCAACUAUCAAUUUCCUGGCACUAUGCUAUCAAAGUAAAAGUUAUAGUUAUUUUUUUGUUUGUUAAAUUAUUCAAUAUUGUUUACAGAUUUCAGUUUGUGCGAUUAGAAAAUCUGUUUUGAAGAUGGCAUUAUACAUUUUUGGGGGUUCAACCGAUCUUUUUUUAUUUAAAGAUUUUUUAGAAGUCAUUCAUUCAAGAUAACAUUUUGUCUCUCUGAAUUAGAUUAUCUCCCUUUGUUUAGUUUCCAGUGUAAAGUAUGGAUAGAAGUUGAUGUCAUUUGUACAUUAUUUCAUGGAAAUGAUUUUAAAAUUCAUUUGUAUUCAAUUUGAAUUAUACUAGUCACAAAUUCAAUAUGGUAUAAAUACAAAUGUUUAUGAUGUGUUGUGUUUAAAAUUAUUUGUAAUUUAUAGUAAAUGUUUGAUGCAAUUAUUUAAUACAAUUUUUGUAAGUCUUUGUUUUAUGUUUAAAAUGUAUAGAAUAUAAUUUUGUUCUGAUAUUUCAGAAUAAAAAACAUGGAAAACAAAUUAUUUUGUCUUUGAUUUGAAUCUCCUCUGUAUUAAUUUACUCAUGAGACAAUAUAUUAAGUCACAUUUUUCUCAGCAAGUACAGCGAUUCUUACUUGAUAUAUGGCAUUAUAUGGCAUUAUCAUCCUUCCCUACGCCUACAUCACACUACUCAGUUACUGCAAGGCCGUAACUACCAUUGAGGCAAGUGAGGCAAUUGCCUCACUAAAAUUUCGACACAAAU